AUGAGAUUCUUUUCUGUAUUGCUCAUAACUACCCUGGACGUUCACAGUGUCGAAUACGCCAAGGACUGGUUCCGCACAAAUGACAGGCUCUGGGGGGAAAUUGUGAAUAAACUUUGUGUAACGUUGCACAGAUUCCCAACGGACGAUAAACUCAGAAAACUCUGGAUUAAACGUCUGAAAGCUGUCAGUCCAAACUUUGUGUCAAGUUUGAAAAACGAUCGCCUUUGUUCUGUUCACUUCGCCAACGGCAAAUACACAAAGAAAAACCCCUUUCCGUGUGUGUUUAUCAUAAACAACAAGGAAAAGAUAUUUAAAUUAUCAAAGGUGGAAAGUUCAGAACCGGCAUACAAAUGUAAUGACGAAGACCAAGAGGCGGAGAAUGAAGAGUAUGAUGGGCCAGACUGUACGUUAACUACAAGCAGUGUAUCCGAGUAUGCUUCAAUCAAGUUCCAUGACUAUGCUGGCCAGAUUGAAUUUACUGUUCAGAAAACGCUAAAUAAAGACACACAGGCUGACAAAGUAGGAGUGUCCUUUUCUACUCAGACGGAAGGGACUAGUUCAGUUUCAGUUACUAAGUGUAGUGUUUCAACACAAACAGACUUUGAAACUCCAUUAUGUAAAUGUAUGUCAAAAACAACUUCUGAAGUUGGAGUACAAGUUAACAAACCUGACCUGACUGUGGAAGACAUUAAAAGUAAUGAGAUGUGUAUGUUUUACACAGGUCUACCUAUUGUGGAAACUUUUCAUUUACUUUUUGAUGAAAGGGAUGAUGUAGAGAGUCACACAAAUAGAUGCGAAAAUGGAGAAAACAAGGGCCGGCCAAGAGCGCUACGACUUAUUGAUGAUUUUUUUUUAGUUUUGAUGCGUUUAAGAUUUGGGCUUCUUCUUGAAGACUUAGCAAGGAGAUUCCAUGUGUCGAAAUCAACAUAUUCAAACAUAACAAACCAGUGGAUUUCAUACAUGAGUGUGAAACUGUCAACAUUAGUUGCUUGGCCAUCCAGAAAGACAUUAAAAGUUACAAUGCCACAGAAGUUCAAACGGAAAUACCCGAACUGCCGCAUAAUCAUUGACUGCACUGAGUUCUACACAGAAACACCACAAUCACUUGCUAACAAAUCAAUGAUGUACUCACACUACAAGUCACAUAUGACUUGGAAGGCACUUUUAGGAAUAAGUCCAUCUGGAAUUAUAACUUUCGUUUCGGACAUAUGGAGUGGAACAUUAGCGAUAAACAGUUGA